GGAGGUGUGAUGUUUUGCUGUCAGGAUGAGGAGCAGGAUCCCUGUCAUCCUCCUGGCCUGUGGCUCCUUUAACCCCACCACCCACAUGCACAUGCGUUUGUUUGAGCUGGCCAGAGACCACCUGCACCAGACAGGAAGGUAUGAGGUGAUUGAAGGCAUAAUGUCUCCUGUCAGUGAUAAGUAUGGGAAGAAAGGCUUGGUGUCAGCAAGGCACCGGGUGGCCAUGGCCAAGCUGGCCCUGGAGACAUCAGACUGGAUCCGGGUGGAUCCCUGGGAGAGCCAGCAGGACACGUGGACAGAGACAGUGAAAGUGCUAAGGCACCAUUAUAACGAAGCACUCAGGGCGUUCCAGUCCAAGAAGGAGCUCAUGAGAAACAGUCAUCCCACAGAAAGCUCUGCAGAGGAUUCCCUUUCUUGCCAGCAACCAGUUCUACCAGAAUUAAAGCUGCUCUGUGGGGCUGAUGUUCUACAGACAUUUAAGACACCCAAUCUCUGGAAGGAGGAAGACAUCAAAGAAAUAGUGGAAAAGUUUGGUUUGGUCUGCAUUAGCCGGGCUGGCUCUGAUCCAUCCCAGUUAAUCCAGGAAUCAGACCUUUUAUCUACAUUUCAGCACAAUAUUUUUCUAGUGAGAGAGUGGAUCCAGAAUGAAAUCAGCGCGACCCAGAUCCGCUGUGCGCUGUGCAGAGGGCUGAGUGUGAAAUAUCUCCUCGCUGACUCUGUCAUUGCCUACAUUGCACAGCACGGCCUCUACAGCAGCGAGGGCCGCCUGCUGCAGCCCCUCAGGCUGCAGAGCACAAAUAAACCCCUGAGGGGCUGCUUCCUGUGCCCUGGGACACCCGCAGCUUUGCCUUGUAGAUUCUUGAGAAUGCUGUUUCUUAUUAAUCAUGAAGGGAAAGCCCAAAAUUUCUUGAAAUCACGUGGUGUUUUAAAUCCAUGAAUCUGUGUGUGGUAGUGCUCAAGAAAAUCGGGAUGCUCAUCUGUAUAGCUUAAAAUACACAAAGAACAGCUUCCUUGUGAAAAUAAAAAAAAGGGAGAUAUUCACAAUAAAUCUUCUUAGUAUUUCAAUAAGCUCAGUAAGGUAAUAAAUAUGAAAACACAGUACUUUCCUAACUUGUACUUCUGCAAUCCUUACUGUUCUAAAGCAGCAAAAUACAAUGAACCAUAACUUGAGAGAGAGAGAGACAUGUUUAAAUAUUGAAUAUAUAUUAGUUCUAAA